AUGAGUCGCUUUCUCCAACCCGUUCCCAAGUGGCGAGUUUCGUGCAUUAUCGGAUACCGAGGUGUGGGCAAAUCGACCAUCGCCUCGUCUUACGUCGAAGGAAAGUUUUACCAUCACUACGACCCGACCAUUGAAAGUAUCCUGUACAAGAACAUCAAUGUGAAAGGCAUCGAUUACAACAUGAAGAUCAUCGACACUGCUGGCCAAGAUGAGUACACUCUCUUUCCACCCGCCUAUGCCCAGAACAUUCACGGAUACCUUCUCGUCUACAGCAUUGACAGUAAGAUGUCUUACAAGGUGGCGAAGAUCACCUACGACAAACUGCUGGAGCAGACUGGAAACAUUAUCCUACCGAUGAUCCUCGUUGGGAACAAGUCUGAUCUGCAGGAGGACCGAGUUGUCUCCGUGGAAGAGGGCAAGGAGCUGGCCAAGUACAUGAAGUGUCCUUAUGUGGAAAUGAGUGCCAAGCACAUCUCUGAAGUGGACAGCCUGUUUGAAUAUCUGCUGGAGUUGAUUGCACUUGAUAACCCCCACUUGAAUCCUCAGCACCCAACUGAGGGUGCCGAUGGAGGAGACGACAAAAACAAAAAGUGCGACAUCUCCUAA